UUGACCGUUCAUACUCCAGAACCAUCAAAACUACUACAUUUUAAAAUCAACCACGUACCGAAACUGCCCUCUAUUUAUACCCACACAUUAUCCUCUCAUAUCAUAAACUGCCCUCUAUUUAUACCCACACAUUAUCCUCUGAUAUCAUAUGUACCAAUUUUGAUAUCAACCAAACAUGGAAAUCACUCUCCCAUACGUCUCUCUCUCAGCUUUCUCUCUCCUCAUUGCUUUCAUAUUCCUCUCACAGAUAACCCGCGGCCGCCGCAACCUCCCUCCAAGCCCACCGUCUCUUCCGGUCAUCGGCCACCUCCACUUCCUCAGAAAACCUCUCCACCGAACCUUCCACAAGCUCUCCCAAACCCUCGGCCCCGUCAUCUCCCUCCAGCUCGGGUCCCAACUCGUCGUAGUCGUUUCCUCCCCGUCUGCCGCCGAAGAAUGCUUCACCAAAAAUGACGUCGUCCUAGCCAACCGCCCCAGGUUCAUAGUUGGGAAAUACUUAGGGUACGACUACACCACCGUUAUUGCCUCCCCCUAUGGCGACCACUGGCGCAACCUCCGCCGCCUCAUGUCCCUCGAAAUCUUCUCCACCAGCCGCCUCAAUGCUUUCCUCUCCAUUCGAAAAGACGAAGUCAGGCACCUACUCCGCCGGUUAUACCAGCAAUCGUCGACCGGCUUCGCCAGAGUCGAAUUGAAAUCGAAGCUCGCGGAUCUCACGUUCAACAACGUUAUGAGAAUGAUCGCUGGGAAACGGUAUUACGGGGAAGAUUUGGAGAAUUCAGCAGAGGCGGAGGAGUUCCGAAUGCUCAUGAGGGAGGCUGUCAUGUCUGCCGGAGCGUCAAACCCGGCUGAUUUCUUGCCCAUUUUAGGGUGGAUUGAUUAUAAGGGUUUUGAGAAGAAUUUGGCGAAAGUUCAUGAAAGAUUUGACAAGUUAUUGCAAGGACUGAUCGAUGAGCAUAGGAGGGAUAAGAGUAAGAAUACGAUGAUUGAUCAUUUGCUGUCGUUGCAAGAGUCACAGCCAGAGUACUAUACUGAUGGAAUCCUUAAAGGGAUUAUUAUAGUUAUGAUACUUGCUGGGACAGACACAUCAGCAGUGACAAUGGAAUGGGCAAUGUCCUUUUUGGUAAACCACCCAGAGGUGUUGAUGAAGGCUAGAGCUGAGCUAGAUGCUCUUGUUGGCCAAGAUCGCCUAAUUGAUGAACACGAUUUAAACAAGCUGCCUUAUCUUCAAGCCAUCAUAUCAGAAACCCUUCGACUUUGUCCAGCAGCUCCAAUGCUAAUACCACACAUGUCAUCAGAUGCUUGCACCAUUGGGGGAUACAGUGUGCCACGCGGCACACUCUUGUUAGUCAAUGCAUGGGCCAUUCAUAGAGACCCUAAAGCUUGGGAUGACCCAACAAGCUUUAAACCGGAGAGGUUUGAAGUUGGGGAAGUGGAGGGACACAAGUUAAUGCCAUUUGGGUUAGGAAGGAGGGCAUGUCCCGGGUCAGGCUUAGCACAACGUGUUAUGGGCUUGGCAUUGGGAUCAUUGAUCCAGUGCUUUGAGUGGGAAAGGGUAGGUAAGGAUCUUGUUAAUAUGAGUGAAGGAAACGGGGGGACCAUGCCCAAAGCAGAGCCAUUAGAAGCAAUGUGCAAAGCACGUGAUGUCAUAAAGAAGGUUUUCUCCGCAAAAGUUGCUUGAGCAAUAUUUUCGUCAGGUUGUAGUAUAUAUGCAUUUCGUGUGGUCAUAGUUAAAUUUUGUAUGCUAAAAUAGUUUUAGUUUUCUUUCUCUAUUUGUUUUGCUUGUAUUAUUCUGGUAGUCUAAAAUAACUAUUGUGUAGCUAUAAGAUGAUUUUCAAAACAAGUUAACGUCAUCUAUGUUAGUUCCAUAAUUAGGUUUUAUUGUGCA